AUGGCUACCUUGCAAGGAGAGAGUACUAUUGGGUAUCACGGCCUGGAGACGCAGACCCCUGAUGCCGCUAAAAUUGCCCAGAUUGAACAAGUCAAAAUCACCAUCAAGAAAUUCCUCGAUGACAUCCAGUUCGAUCGGAGCACACCAUUCAUCAAAGACCGUGGUCUAGAAGCCGCAGUCUGGGACUACUUCUUGAGUUUGUCCAUGGGCCAGGAUAUCGAGAGCAAAGUGCAUAAAAGACUCAAGCUCUCCGUUACCCUUAUCCACCAGGCAUAUACUUCACUCCCGUUUGAUAUCAAAGUCGCCUGUUCCGCUCAAGUUUUGUACAUGUUUCUUGUGGAUGAUAUUGCAGAGGACUUUAUAGGGGAUCUGCAAAUCUUUAAUCAGAACUUCGUCCUGAACAAAGGCCACCAGCAUCCUCUACUUCAUCACUUCGACAUACAUCUCCGCGCGCUCUCUCGCUACUAUGGGCCAUACUGCCACUCGGCUAUCCUGAAGUCGGUCUUCGACUACAUCAAUGGCCGUAUUAUCGAGCACAAAAUGGAAUACUCCUCGUUCCGGUUCCCCACGGAUUCUCGCCUGAUGCCCAUGUUUCUACGCACUAAGGUCGGAGGUGCUGAGAUCCUCAUCCAUAUGCUCUGGCCAAAGAAGCUGUUCCCCGAGGAGCAGACUGUAAUGCGAUACUUCCCUGCCAUCGCUGAACUGGUUUUGCAUUGUGCCUACGGGAUGUUGGAGGACCACCAGGACCUGCGGAAGUCGGUGGCGCAAUUUGUCCAGGGCUGGGUCAUGUUGUGUACCGCACAUCGACGAUACCACCUUGUUGAACUCUUCCAAGAGGAGCAAUAUUUGCCGCCGUACGACGAGGACUCGUAA